CUCCAAGUAUUUCAUCCCUAUAAUAACUUCUCCAUUACAAAUUUACAAUCCAACCAAAAACCCUAAUUUCCACACAACAAGCAAUCAAUCAAUCAAAAACCUUCGCUCCUCUCAGAAUCAUGGCCGCCGGCGCCGAUCUCGUUGGACCACCGGAAAUCUACCAACAACCGAAGCGGCAGAAGCUCGGCCUGACGGAGAACAAUUCCCCAACGUUUCUCUCGACGGGGAACCCUUGUCUGGAUUUCUUCUUCCACAUCGUCCCCGACACGCCGCCGCAGGCCGUCGCCGACCGCCUGCAACUCGCGUGGCGCCACGAUCCGCUCACGGCGCUCAAGCUCGUGUGCAACCUCCGCGGCGUCAAAGGCACCGGCAAAUCCGACAGGGAAGGGUUCUACGCCGCCGCGCUGUGGCUACACCAGCACCACCCCAAAACCCUCGCCGGCAACGUCGCCGCCUUCGCCGGCUUCGGCUACUUCAAGGAUCUCCUCGAGAUCCUCUUCCGGAUUCUAGACGGCUCCGAAGCGAGGAAAUCGGCGAAACGGAUCGGGAUGAAGUGGAAAUCGUGGAGAAAUUUGGGAGGGAGGAGAAAAAGAAUGGAUUUCAGACGCCAUUUUGGGGAUGAAGCCUUUUCAGAUCAAUUGAAAACGCGUGAAGAGAAGAGGAUCGAACGAGCGAGGAAGGUCGUCGAUAGAUUCAAUGAGGACUCCGAUUUCAAAUUUUUCCACGAAAACGUCUCCGAUCUCUUCGCUCAGCGAUUGAGAUCGGACAUGGAGAUGCUGAAAUCGGAGAAUUUAAACAAAAUCAGCCUCGCCGCGAAGUGGUGCCCGUCGCUCGACUCCUCCUUCGACAGAAUUACCUUACUGUGCGAAACGAUCGGGAAGAAGGUGUUUCCGAGGGAGGAAUACACCGAAUACGACGGCGUUUUGGAGGCGCAUUACGCUUAUCGAGUGAGGGAUCGGCUGAGGAAGGAAGUCCUCGUGCCGCUGCGGAAGGCGCUGGAGCUGCCGGAGAUUUACAUGGGAGCUCAAAAUUGGGGAUCGCUGCCGUACAAAAGAGUCGCCUCCGUCGCGAUGAAAAUCUACAAGGAUCAAUUCUUCAAGCACGACGAGGAGAGAUUUAAACAGUAUUUAGAGAAAGUUAAAUCCGGCAAGGCGAAGAUCGCCGCCGGCGCGCUGCUGCCGCACCAGAUCAUCGAGGCGCUGGAUGACGGCGGCGGCGGCGGCGUGGGGGAGGAGGUGGCGGAGCUGCAGUGGAAGAGGAUAGUGGACGAUAUGGCGAAGAUCGGGAAGCUCAGUAACUGCCUCGCGAUCUGCGAUGUUUCUGGCAGCAUGGAGGGAACUCCGAUGGAUGUCGCGGUGGCGCUAGGACUUCUGGUGUCGGAAUUGAGCGAGGAUCCAUGGAAAGGGAAGCUGAUCACGUUCAGUGAGCAACCUGAGAUGCAAAUUGUGAAAGGCACAUCGUUGAAAAGGAAAAUUGAAUUCGUGAAAGAGAUGGAUUGGGGAUGCAACACCGAUUUCCAGAAGGUGUUUGAUGUGCUGCUGAAGGUGGCGGUGGAGGGGAAUUUGAAGAAGGAGGAGAUGAUAAAGCGGCUGUUCGUGUUCAGCGAUAUGGAGUUCGACGUGGCGUCGGAGAAUCCGUGGGAGACGGAUUACGAGGCGAUCGUGAGGAAGUUUGGGGAGAAUGGAUUCGGAGAGUGCGUGCCGGAGAUUGUGUUUUGGAAUCUGAGGGAUUCGAAGGCGACGCCGGUGGCGGCGGGGCAGCGGGGGGUGGCGCUGGUGAGCGGAUUCUCAAAGAAUAUGAUGAAGAUGUUUCUGGAAGAGGGAGGAGUUGUGAAUCCGGUGGCGGUGAUGGAGGCGGCGAUCGCCGGAGAGGAAUAUCAGAAGCUGGUUGUGCUUGAUUGAUUGCCAUGUGUUUGAUAAAAGUGUUUGAUUGUUUAGUUGAGUCUUUUAUUUUGCUAUUUUGUUAUGCUUUAGAUGUUAUGUUAGGUUGGUUUCAAAUUUUCAAUUAGUCUCGUAUUCUUUUCAAUGAAAAACUACAUAUUUCAAGGUUUAAUUGGGAAUUCUUGAAGU